AUGCUAUCAGAGAUCAAUAUAAAUCUUCAUGCUGCAACUGAUAUGCUUGAGUUGGCGACAGAAUUAAUUAAAAAACCAUCAAAUGUCGUUUUUAAGAUCAAAAAUCUCGAGUCAUUCGUACAAAAGCCAGAACUGAGCGAGACAGUUAAGAUUCGUAAGAAUUACAGUCGUUUGAAAAUUACAGUCGAUGCUUUAGAAGUUUUGAUAAAAUUUUACAUGCAGCUUUCAAAACAAACAGACGAUCAAAACAUUCUCAACGUAAAAUACUUAUCAAAACAAAUAACAAGCGAAAAUUAUUACACAGAUUUUUAUUCUCCAAUUACUCUUGAACUGGAGACAGUUUUGAGCUCAAUCUUAUAUAAUUCUGAAAUAAACAUCGAUACUUUACAGACAAAACGCACAAUUAAAGAACAAAAAGCGUUUGCAAUCCAAUUUUUAGAACAACACAAGAUUGAUAAGAAUGUUAUACCUUAUUUACUUUUUACUUUCCAAAGAAUGCUGUUUGGACUUAGUUAUGAGCAGAAUUCCUCGGAAAAUGACAAAAAUCAUGUUGAAACUUUUUCAUUUUUGAGAGAUCUCGCAGACAAAGAUGAAAAUUAUAGAAGGUUAUUCAUUCCUAUACAUCCAGAAAUGCAACGCGUCAUUGAUCUUUUUAAUGAAUUGACCUUUACAAGUUAUCCAAUUGAUAUGGCUGUUUGCAUCGAUAAAGCAAUCAGAAUUUUCAAUGGAAUCACAGCAGAAAUGGGGGUUGUUGAUAAAUUGAAGAUUAUCUGCGUUGCAUUGUCAUUUAGCUUUUUGCCAGACCCAUAUUAUAUAAUGGAUAGCAUUUUGAGCAUCCUUACGAGCUCAGAGUUCCCUGCCAAUAUAAGAGAUUCUAAUAAUAUAUAUGUUUCCGCUUGCCAAUUUUUGCAAAAACCAAAUUGGAAAGAAAAUUUUGUUAAUAAGCAAGAAGACAUAACAGAACAAGAAUCUGCUAAUUAG